AUGCUGGAUGAUCCUGCAAUAUCCAUACCCAAAAGUAGUUCAUCACGUUACGUUGCUGGUACUAACGGCACCGUCAACGAAAGUAACACCAGUGGUGUACAAAACCCGUCACUUCAACAGCGAAGCGACUUCAGUGUCCAUAACCUUGCAAGUACAUCACAGGCCAGUACGCAACUUGACGAUCUAAAACCAAUCCCAAGGAACAUAAAACUGCCUUCAAGAACGGGUCUUGUGGGCACCCAGACGAUGCAAAAUUUGAUACACAGGCCAAAAAUCGACUAUUUAUCUUCGUCCUACUCGUCUGACCAAUUAAUGACAGACAGUGGACACUACUCACCUACAACUGGAUUCCAUGGUGACGCGAGUGUCGAAUCCAACGGUCUUGGAUCGGAAAGGUCGCCAGCCUAUCUUAGACUGCACCACAGUUUGCUUGAAGGUCGCCAGCAGCAAAAUUAUCUUAAAGUCAAUAAUCGCGAUCUAGUCAAUCAGUUUCUUGACAGGUACGGUCAAACCUUAUUUGUGGAUAGCUCGCGAGGGCAGGCUUCUGACGUGUGUGGAUCGGAUAGCAUUCUCCAAGAUGCUUCUAGUCCGCCUACGUCGUCAUUAGAUUUGCUCUCUCUGUCACAUCGCACACCCCCACAAAGCUUCUUAAACCUGACUGAUCCUCAUUCACGUCCAACGGGAAACGAAUUUAUGGCUUACACUUCAACACCUGUGAUGAAUUGUCGUGCCGGUAAUGAUCUCCAAAUGCUUGAAGAAAAUUUAGCUUCUGUGGCAAGGUAUGUGGAUGAGUUGACAGACGGAGGUAGUGGACAUACGAGUCGAGCAUCCAGUAGCGCUCGUGCCUCAGAAGGUAAUGAUUGCAACAAUACAAGCCACAUAAAUGGAGCUGAAGUGGAGAGUGGGAGAACGACUCGAAUCGAGGUCCCAAUUUCAACAGAAGUGUCACCAAAAACAUCUUCCAUCUUAGCCUCAGGUACCCUUGAUCAACCGAUUGAAAAGGUUCUUCAAAGGGCUUCUGUGAUGUCAGAUUCAACGCCAAACCUAAAUAAUACUGAGAAAUCGUCACUUGAGCAGGCACAAUCGCAGAGUCAAUCGCCUUUUCAGGGAUCAUUAAGAUCCAAUUCCUCUUCCACGACACAACAAAUUGCUUUCUUAAGCUCCCUCCUCAGUCAGCUUGAUCUAAGCAACUCAGGGAUUAGUGAUAUGAAUUCAAACAGCUUCAAUAAUAUUUUACUUUCCUUACUGGCCGAUACCUCAGCCACUCCUGCUCUCCCAGUUAGACCUGUUCCAACUAAUAACUGCACAGCACAAAGCCAAAGCGACUGGAAUUCUCUAAUCUCCAUCCUACGCGCAUUACAAAGCACUUCAACGGUGGCGGCAAACAAAUAUUUGACGAAUCAAAUGCUGAAUCUGCAAGCCGCUCUUGCUGCUCUCAGUCCAGCUACUCUAAAUAUGCUUGCAGCAAGCAUUGAUAACAAUCAGCUAAAUGAAAAACAGGCAUUGCUCAAAUUACUAACAUCGAAGUCACAAACGCCAACUGGUGGCACUAGUAACUCUGGUCUCUUAUCGUCGAUCGCUGGUCUGCUCUCUUCAGCUAAUGUGAGGAACAAUAGCCAACUAAUGGAUAUGCUGACCUCAACACUUACAGCUCUCGCGGCAACGAUUGAUAGCAAUAAGAGCAUGCAAACUAAUGGCUACCAUAGUCAUCCAGUGACAUCAAACAGUCCCCUUACGAACUAUACCAAUAGGGGCCUCCGUCGUUCUCCAACUUUUGGAAUUGAUUCUCCAGUUUCCUCGCUCUACCAUCGGCGACAACUAAAUGAAGGCCAGAUUUCCCAUGGACCGUGCUGUCAUCGUCAAGGGAACGCCGAAGGAGACAUCGAUCGGGCUGCAACAAUAUACAGAAACUCAGCCAAUCAUGUUUCUCAAAAACUAGAGACAAUCCAUCAUUGGACUGGGAAGCUUCCGCAGAGAAACUACAAAUCCAUGAGUUUUUCAAGGAAAGUAUUUCUUGGUGGGGUGCCAUGGGAAUGCACGAGUGAAGAUCUUAUAGGCACUUUUUCCCAGUUUGGCAAUGUGUCAGUCCUCUGGCCUCAAAAGGAUGGUGGUUACGUCUCACACCAACAUGGUAUUGAGGGAGGAAAUGAUCGACUGGUUUCUACUGCUCCGAAGGGUUACUGUUACCUGCUGUUCGAACAUGAGUCCUGCGUUGCUGACUUGUUGGCAGCAUGUUCACGAGAUCCAGUGACUGGUGGAGAUUAUUUCAAACUCGCUUCACCGAAGUUUAAAGCCAAGGGAGUUCAGGUUAUUCCUUGGGUGAUAAGUGACAGCCAGUUCAGCCGUGGUGGUAGCCAAGCCAGGUUAGAGUCAAGCAACACGGUGUUUGUUGGCGCUCUUCAUGGAAUGAUCACUGCUGAAGCUCUUGCCUCAAUCAUGAACGACCUAUUCGACAACGUCAUUUUUGCUGCACUGGAUACAGACAAGCACAAGUACCCUAUAGGUUCUGGUCGCGUCGUCUUUUCAAAUCACGGUAGCUAUGUGCGUGCGGUGACAGCGAAUUUUGUGGAGGUUCGCACGACUAAAUUUACAAAGACGCUUCAAAUCGAUCCGUUCCUUGAAGAUUCAAUGUGCAACAACUGUCUUGCUUCUGCUGGUGUCUAUUUUUGCCGUGCAUUUGAGUGUUUUCGAUACUUCUGCCCUACCUGUUGGCAGAAGUGGCAUAAUGUGACUCAAAGUCUGGCAAAUCACAAGCCUCUGCGCCGGAGUCUCAAACUUUGUACCGAGCGUAUCUAG